CUGCUGCAGGGCUUCAAGUUUCCGAUCAUCACUUCCGCCGGCUGCGAUGCCGAUGUCGGCCGUGUGCGUUCACUGGCGCUGUGUGGCCGUGUCAGCCCUGUCUGUUUACCCUUUGUAUGUCCAAAAGUCAUAGAUAAACCAACCGAUGGACAAACAUUGCGUACAGCACUUGUUCGUUCCGUCUAUUAAUUCAGGGCGACAAAGAAUUCACUGCAUCUUCGGACUAAUCCCAAAAAGAGAGGAAAUAUUGGCAGGUUGAGAAGCGAGCCUUUCUGUCUGAUGAGCCUGUAACACUGUGUGAUGUCAUGUGGUGAAGUGAUCGACCAGGCUUGGAGUCCAAAGUCAAGUAGAGCUGAUCUCCACGCUGCCAGCUUGCAGAGUCUCCUGUGGCCAUCCUUUCUGAUCUGCUGUCAAUGGCUUCAAGACAGGGAGACAUCCCAGCACUUGAGUCUGGCACAUCAUCCGGACUCUUCUGUGCCUUAUCGUGUCCGAUUGGAAUGACACGGCAUACUAUCAGCUAUGAUGAGCACAUUGAUGCCCCCAUAAAUUCACCACCUCCAGACAUGACAAUCAACAUCUUAUGGAAAGACCCUGUCAUCCCACAGCACAAGUUUAGAAACCUUGCAGAGGAAGGCGAGGGUGAUGAGAAGUUGCUGACUUUGGAGGCAGCAAGACCAGACAAGUCCUCAGUGCCUGUGGUGAAAGCCAAAGCCACCUCUUUUAUGAACACACUUAUAACCAAGCAGACCCACGACAACCUCCAAAGGUUUGAACACCAGGCAGGGCUGACAGACACUGGGUAUUCUCCCCACAAAGGCCUCUCUGCUGAGGAGACCCGCUUUCACCGACUGGGUGAUGGCACACUGCCAAAGUUGAAAAUGCUAAGCGGGGACUUCAAGGAGGACAGUCGGCUUACAACAUCGGCACAAUCCACUCCUGGUAGCACCCCUUUUCUCACCCCCUCCGUCGCCCCCUGUGUUAGUCCCCACACCUCACCGACUGUUAAUCGCAGAGUGCACCAUACUCCUAAGCUGGACCAGAAACACUGUGCAUCCCUUAGCCUGCACCAGCUGGGUCCUGCACCUUUGCUUGCCACCCCAGAGUUCAGUCCAAACCCUAGCACAGAUAUGGGAGGAAAUGAGGGAAGAGGAGGAGGAGAGUGGUGGAGCUUCUUUGGAACUCGGUCUGUGGUACAGAAGUCCCCCACUGACCCUGGAUCUGAAACCAGCAGAGGCUUUACACUGCAGUCCUACUUUGGCAUGCAGAAGUCCUCUACCAUGGACGGCACCAACACUCAGGUCAACCUCGAUGUACAGGACCCUGCCAACUUCAUGCCCCCCAAAAUUGAUAUCUCGGGCGUUGAGGCAAAGCAGGCACCCCCGCGGGCACACAAACUUAAACCUCGGGACAUGAACGUUUUAACACCUUCAGGGUUCUGAAGCCAGACCAGCUGUAUCGUUACACCUGUGUACCACAUUCUGAGCAGUUCCUUUAUUUCUAUCUGGUUGCUCUUUUGACUGUCUUGCCUUUCUUUGUCUCCUCUGCCUUGCUGCACAUUCACUGAGGACCACUUGCUCACUGGCCCCCAAGACUUCACCACUCAUACCUCCUCAGAUGGAUUGUUACUUUCUCAUACUCCACAGCAUCCUCUUCCUGUUUCUUCCAACUUGUUUCAGAUAAAACACCAUAUCAUGUAACCUCAUUGUCAUCCCAUAAGAUGGUAGUGCUUUGUAUUAUUGUUGUUGUUUUGUCACAUAAUAGUUGCUUUGGCCUGCAUUGCCUUGCUUGUUAUUCCUUUGCUUAAGUUGAUGACUUUUGCUGCCUCCUGUGCUAUAACUAACUAGUUAUUUCAGAUCAUAACGCUCAGUUGCCUCAUUUGUAAUUUUUUAAUAAGCUCAGAAAUAUAGUUGUGUAGUGCUUGUCUCUGUUAGCAUGCAGAGUAUUGUGUGGUAUGACUGUGCCUAAGCAGGUAACGUGUUUGCAUUUGGCAUUAUUGUUAUCUAAGUUAAGGUUUGGAGGUUUUUAUGAUGUGGAAGACCAUGUAUUUUAUUUUAUGACAGAGUAUGAGUGCUGACCCGAAGUGUUUUUUUGUUUUUUUUUUUACUGUUUUUUGGUUUUUUUGUUUUUUUUAUUUCAUUCUGUGUGUUUUUAUGGAAAUCUGCUUGAAAUUGACAUUCUUCAUUCUAAAUAGGUAGUACGUAUGUUGUGUUGACAUUUUUCACACAUCUUUAUACAUCACAACAUUGCUUUAGUGUCUUAAAUGAUUCACAGAAU